AUGGUACACAACACUUUACCUUCAGAGGUUCUAAUGCAAACCUAUGAUCUUAAUGUAGGACUUGUAUUAAAUGAUGAAGAACUUCAAAAUUUGACACUACUUGAAAUUGAAAUGAUAUUGCAAACAAAUCGACGUACUUUAAAAGAUUUUUGUCUGACUCCAUAUCCGAAUGGAUAUGUUUUGGAACAACUUGGUAAUCAGUUGAUUUAUGACGAAAGAAAUUACGAUGUAGCUCAACUUAAAACGGAAUUUACAAAUAUGUUUGCAUCACUUACAGGUGAACAAAACAUUAUUUUUAAUAAAAUCAUCAAUGUUGUCACAACACAAAAAGGUGGUGUUUUCUUCCUGCAUGGGAAUGGGGGAAUGGGAAAAACAUUUAUGUGGAAAACUCUUGCAAGUUAUUUGAGAUCAAAACAUCAAAUUGUCAUAACCAUUGCAUCAAGUGGAAUUGCAUCGUUGUUGCUCCCUGGAGGGAGAACGGCACAUUCCAAGUUCAAAAUUCUCGUACCAACUUUAGAGAAUAUUAUUUGCAACAUAGAACCUAAGGAUGAUCUUGCAAAAAUGAUGAGACAAACUCAGUUGAUAAUUUGGGAUGAGGCACCCAUGGCUCACAAACAUUAUUUUGAGGCUCUUGAUAGGAAACUAAGAGAUAUUAUGGGUAAUAAUCCUAAUUCCAAUUCCAUCUUCGGUUGUAAAGUCAUAGUUUUUGGAGGUGAUUUUAGACAAAUUCUUCCUGUUGUACCAAGAGGAACCCGUUCAGAUAUUGUACACAGUUCUUUGAAUGCUUCUUACAUUUGGAAUGAUUGUGAGGUACUUACACUUACAAGAAAUACGAGACUUCAAAGUGGUUCAAACCCAACCGAAUGUCUUGAAGUUGAACAAUUUUCAAAAUGGUUGCUCAAUAUUGGAGAGGGAAAACUUUUAGAACCUAAUGAUGGAUAUGUUGAGUUUGAUAUUCCUUCUGAAAUAUUAAUAUUAAAUUAUUAA